CUAAGGUCGACAAAACUUGGCUUUUUUUAAUGCGCCAGGUAGACAUUUUUCAUAAGUCGACAAUAAUGAUGUCGACUUUACGAUUAACCUAAUUUUAUUGGUCGAUGCAUUUAUUUUGAUGUUAUAAAUCUUGAACCUGUUUAUUGCUGUUGUUAAAAAUUUUCUAUUUUAUAUAAAACUUUCAGCGUUUUUUAUUUUUAGUGAUGUUUAAUGAGUAAUAGUUGUUUUCCUAUCGUAUAUUGCGUCAGGUAGACACGGUGUUUUAAAAUAGCCGUCCGGUCGACCCAGACUUUAUUCAACUUUUUUAAGUACAUAGUUCGAAUAUAUUAAUGACUUUACGUGCCCAUAUUGUUUCUACUAUAAUAAUCUUAAAAUCUAGUCAUGUGUAAUCAACCAAGGUUUAAAAAUGGUUAAGUAUUUGAAAAUAUAAAAAAUAUAUAAAAGCUUAGUGGCUGUUUUUUCAUACCGCGCGCCGAGCGCUAUUUUCCUCGUAAACUAUGUUGUCAAGGAGAAAGCGUGGUACUACUAAUUCCAUAAUCGAGGAUUUUCUUGGAUCUGGAAAAGAUCCAAGUGGAAUUAAAGUUACUUUGAUUAAUUCAGAUAUAGGUUAUGGAGUAGUAUCGACAAAAAAAUUUGAGAAAGGAGACUUUCUUCUAGAAUAUGCAGGAGAAAAAAUUUCAGAAUUUGAAGCACUACAAAGGGAUAAAAAAUAUAAGAAAAACAAAAUUGGUUGCUUCAUUUAUUACAAUAUAAUUGGAAGCAAUGGAAAAUUUUGUAUUGAUGCUACUUAUUCAACUCAAGCUGGAAGGUAUGUCAACGAUUCGCCAUUUAAAUAUGCAAAUGCAGUGAUGAAACGUUAUGUUUUAAAUCAAUCAUCAUACUUAGCUUUAUUUGCAAUUAAAGCCAUAAAUAUAGGCACAGAAAUAAGGUAUGAUUAUGGAGAUGAUCCUAAGGAAAUGCCAUGGCGCAAUAAUGUUGAAAAUCUACAACCAUCUUCAUGCUACACUGAGAAUGAGAGCACCCUAGUUACAAAUACGUCAUUGAUUGAUGUUUUUGCUGUAAGUUCAAGCAAGAUUGAAAGUUCUAUAGAUACAAAUUCGGCACUGGUUGAUUUUGUUGUUAGUUCAAGCGAGAUUGAAAAUGAGCUUGUGGUAAAUAAUUUAUCUAACAAACUUGAAUUAGAGGUAUUUAAGUUGGAAGAUGGCGAUUUACUUUUUUCAGAUGUUGAGGAUUCAGAAGAAGAAAAUUCGUAUAGUGAAAUUCUUUACAAUUGCUCAUGCUUGUUAGAAUCCAAUGACAAUUAUGGAUCCAAGAAAACUGUUGUUUUAGGAGAAAAGGAUUCCACAGUUUUACCUUUGGAUUCCACAGUUUUACCUUUGAAUUCCACAGUUUUACCUGAGUCAAUUAACUCUAUUGAUAAAAACAAUGAAACCAGUUUUGUUAUUAAAAAGAAUAUACAAUCUAAGAAGAAGAUUCAUAGGCCAUGUCCAUUGUGUAAAGAUGGUAAAUUUCAAAGUGCCCUUACACGAUAUUUAAAGUUGUGCCACAAAGAUGAGCCCACAGUGAAAAAAGCUUUAUCUCUUCCUAAAAGAGAACAAAUAGAAGCUUUUGCUCUACUUAGAAAAAAUGGAAUUUUUAACCAUAAUUUACUCGAAAUGAAAAAAGAAGUUCCAAAAUUUAUUAGAGAAAGAAAAGCGAACGAUCAUCAUGCUGAUGGUGACAAUCUUGUGAUUUGUGCUGCGUGUAAGGGCUGUUAUGCAAAACCAUAUAAGGCUAGACACCAAAUUUAUUGUGGUCGAGAUAAUGGCCAAGUUAUGAUUCCAUUAAUGCCAAUUGAAGCAAUGGUCAGAAUUGACAGUCUAGAUAACAAUUUCAAAGCAGUUAUCAACAAGAUGAUCCAGGAUGAUAUAUCUGCAUUAGCUAAAAGUGAUCCUAUUAUUAUUAUGAUAGGUGCACGUAUAUAUAAAGCUAAUAAGUGUAAAAAAGAGAAAAAGUUUGAAGUAGAAAAACGUGUCAGAGGAACUAUGCGGCAACUUGCUAGACUUUAUAGUACUUUUAAAAAUUCACUUGUUUCAUCGUUUGAUGCAUCUGAUAUGUUUAAAAAAGAGAACAUAAGUCAUUUAAAUAAUGCUAUACGUGAACUAACUGAAGAUAUAAAUGGAAUGAAGUCAGGCUUGAAAGUUCAUCUCCAAAAUGUUAUUAAGCGAGUUGCGAAUAUGGUACAAGUUCAUUUUAUGGUAGAAUCUCGAAACAAAGAGGCUGAGAUGGUGAGGGAUUUUAUAUCAAUAUUUUCAGUAAUUCAGCAUGAACUUUUUGGAGAUGCUUUAUACCAACUUCACCAAAAAAGAAACAAAUCGACUCGAAAACCAGCAAAUUUACCUGAUAAUCAAGCAUUAAAAUUAUUACAAAACUACUUGAGUGAGGUAGUAGACAGUAGUUUUUUUCCCUUAAAGUUUCCAAGUUCUGUGUUUGUGGAUGUGAGAGAUGCUGCAUGUACAAGGCUUACAAUUUUUAAUGUUCGUCGUGGUGGUGAGCCAGCUAGACUUUUUAUUUAUCAAUGGAAGGAAGCUAUUGCUGGAACAUGGUUGGUUGAAGCAACUAGAAGAUCAUACAUUGAUGAAAUAUCAACUGGGAAUCGAAUUACUUUUCAGGAAGGAAAAGGAAAUAAGCUAGUUCCUGUGUUUAUUCCUCCAGAUCUUGUAUCUGCAAUUGAAUUUGUAAGCUCAGAAGCAGCAAGAAAGGAUUCUGGAAUAGCUCCUGAAAAUCAAUACUUAUUUCCAUCUACAAAUGGAAGUGAUAAUCAUGUUUCUGGCUGGCAUGUGUUAGUUUCUUGUUGCAAAAAAGCUAAUGUUGAUGGAAGGCUAACUGGCACUAUGAACAGACAUAGAGUUUCAUCUCUAAUUGGAGCUCUUGGUUUAUCUGAGUCAAAUCAACAGCUUGUAUACGACCACUUUGGACACAGUGGUGAUGUAAACAAAAACAUUUAUCAAGUGCCCCAAGCAGAACAGCAGUUAAGAACAACAGGUCAGUUUUUAAGAAACAUUGACCAGGGUCUCUCUGAUUCUUCUAGUUCCCUAUAUAGUGAUUUAAAAAUAGGGAAAUUGUCUACGAUCGAAGAUUUAAAGCCAGAAAAAACAAGAGAUGCUAAAAGAUACGCUAGUUUAUCUAUUAAUGAAGUGGAAGAUGAGGAUGAGGACAUAGAAGAAAGGAAGGAAGACACUCAUCGCGUUAAAAAUAAAAGAGUCAAAUCUGAAAAAAUUUAUUUUCAAUGGACGGAAUGUCAAAAGAGAUUAUUUGCAGCUACCUUUCAGAGCUUUAUAGCUCGUGAUAAAGGAUUCCCAAGUCGUGAUAAAAUGAAUCUUUUUGCUGAUAAAAACGAAAUUCCUCAAAAUUGCAUUCGAACGCGUAUUGUAAACGAACGUGCACUAAGAAAAAAUAAAGCAAAUGUAUAUCUUAAGCAGCAUAUGGCUAUGAUAUUGUAUUUUUGCUGUGUUUUUAUUUCUGUUUUAGUUAAUAACCACAAUAUGCAUCUUACAUGUAAAAUUUUUUUCCUAAAAGAUGGCCUCCUCUACCUAAGACAAUUAACUAAAGAAUUUUAUAACAAAAUUUUUUAUAAAGAAUUAAACAACUAUUUAACUAGUAACCACUAAAUAAUAGUCGAAAUA